GGCCGCCACUUCCUCCGUCACUCGACCUAUAGUCCUCCCGCCUCUCUGGGAAGACGUCGGCGACGAUGAAGUUCCGGUACGCCAUGGUAUGCUCGUCGAAUCAGAACCGGAGCAUGGAGGCUCACUCGCUCUUCAAGAGAGAGGGCUUCGACGUCUCCUCUUACGGAACUGGUCAACACGUUAAGCUCCCCGGUCCUUCCCUCAGAGAACCCAAUGUCUACGACUUCGGCACCCCUUACAAACACAUGUUUGAUGAUCUCCGACGCAAAGACCCCGAAUUGUAUAAGCGAAAUGGGAUAUUGCCAAUGCUUAAGAGGAACUUGGCUGUAAAAUCAGCGCCUCAGAGAUGGCAAGAGAAUGCAGCUGAUGGCUCCUUUGAUGUAGUGCUUACGUUUGAGGAAAAAGUUUUUGACAUGGUUAUUGAAGAUCUUCACAACCGAAAUCAUGUUCUCAUGAAGCCUGUGUUGGUAAUCAACUUGGAGGUAAAAGACAAUCAUGAGGAAGCAGCCAUUGGAGCAAGGCUUGCUUUGCUUUUGUGCCAGGAACUUGAAUCUUUUGAGGCUUGGGAGGAAUCAAUCAAUAUGUGCUUGCUCACGCUAUAGUUAUAUGAAAUCCCGAUCAUGCAUUACUCUUUCAGGUCCCACUGAAUUGUUGUAUACUACUUCUCUGUGCAGCUUGAAUCCACUGAGGCUUGGGAGGAAUCAAUUGAUGAUCUUAUCACUAACUUUGAGAGACAACAUCGAAGGAAGCUUUUAUACAGUGUU